GGUUCGACUUACAGUGAUUUGACUCGGAAACUUUUGGUAUCUUGGAAAAGAAGUCGCUAACGAGAGGUGGUCGCAAAGGAAGGUUCGGCUAUUGAAGAGUAUGAACCGGAAGCCCUGAAAAAAUUCUCGAGGAGAUUCACGCAACAGUUUGCAAGAAAGAAGGGGAGGAUCACAAGACUGUUAGCAUUAGUGCAAUUUUUUCCGCUUUAAACCAAUACCUCACAGAGAAAGAGUAAAAAUGUUUGAUUACUCACAAGUCGAAGAAAUUUGUUGAGGGAAAAAGCCUAACUUCUCCGCCGACAAGGCAAAGACAAGCGGCCGAAUCAGUGAGCCAUGACACGAGAUAAACACGACUAACUAAAAGGAAAAAACAGUCACAUUUUUGCAUGUGUAUUAACGAGUAAUCUCAUUUAGUGCAUUUUCUUUGAUAUAAUGAUAAUACUAACCGAUAAUAGUAAUAGGAAAACUAUUCUUAUGAUAAAAACAGAGGUUGUAGAAAUAGUAGCUGGUGUAAACGUUGCAAAGAUAAGUCUCGGCUUUUUCUCAAUAACGAGCUAACGCUCGAAACGUCAGCUUUUUUACUCUUUACGGUGGCUAAUUUACGUUUUCAACCCAGUUGUUAACACUAAAUUACCUGCUUUUUCUUUUGUCCUACGAUUACAAAGUCCAGUCCAAGUUUCGUAUUAGGAACGAAAGCGAGGCUCGUUGUCAAGGGUCUCGCCGAACGACAAGAUGGAGUCUAAAUGGUACACAGAGUAGUAAACUAAACUUGAAUAGUUAGUGCUAUGGAUCUCAUAGAUUUAAUUGGAGACUCCAGAACAGACAGCCUGCCAGCUGGGUUCUUACGCUCGAUUAAAAUAAAGUACAAACAAGAAUCGUCGCGAGUGUUCCCGCCAGGAACUCCGUAUCAUUCCACGGACCUCACUGAUAAAGCUCCUCAUCUGAAGCAUGGAAGUCAAAGAAGUGGCUCAGCAGCGAGUAAUAUUUCUGCACCGAGUUUUAUGGCAUGGCGUGUGCCAUCACGACUGAUUCAACAGCGUAAACUCGAGCAGCCCCCUCCAUCAGCAGGUGGAUUUGAUGGGCAGAGACAGAAGUUAGGGUCCCGAAUGUCUGUACUAAGUGAACAGUCCCAUGGCAGUAAACAACUUCAACCACUCUCCAGAGGAAAGGCUGAUUUGCCAAGGCUGCAGUCUGAAGCUAACUGCUUGAGAAGAAGUCCCUUGCAAAGGCAACUCACACCAGCAGCUCCUACUUCACUGCCAGCAAUGGGAAAAUCUUCUCAAGAGCCUGUGAGCCAAGACAAGAAUCUUCCACAAGAACUGGAAAAGGCAAAGAACAUGGCCAUUGAAAAGUCAAUCAAGAAGACAAUUCAUCCCCAGUCACUGGAGGCAGUAGAUAAAUGGUUGAAAACAGCCACUGACAAAGAACGUGAACUGGCCUUGAAAUUCUUCAGUACUUUGUCUGGAGUUAAGGCAGACAAGAUGGACUCACUGGGCCUUAAAAUAAAUCAUGACCACACAGAGGGCAACUAUGAUGGAGGAAGAAUCGAGGAAGCUCUUGAAGCACUGGCUAGAGAAGGCACCAUUGCAUCUCGUGGUAAGCUGCUAUACAAUCCAAAGCGAGCUCCAGACAUUACCAAACAGUCAUAUUACCAGAAAGCUCGGCAGCGGCUACCAGGUCAUGUUAGGCAGCAGUUUCAGACAUGGCAUCAUCUUCCUGUUUACAAAGUACCAAGUGAUGCUGCCAUAAACAAAAGUUCCAUGUUCACACAGCCACACAGGGCCUAUGGACGGCAUUUUACCAUCCAUCCAGAGUGGGGACUGCACAAACCUAUUGUGUUGUAAAAAAAAAAAAACUACCAGAUUAGGGUAAACACUGAAUUACUUUGCUUUGCAAUGCCAUUCAAACUAUCAAGUUUAGGUUUACUUUUUAAGAUUUUUUUUUUUGAGCCAUAAGAUUAUCAAUCAUUUUGCAGACCUUCUUGGAAACAUGUAAAAUGUUUCAGUAGGUUUAGAAGGCUAUGAUCUGACUAUAGAUUGGAGGGAUUAAAUCCUUGUUUUGUUAUUAAGCUCUCAGAUUUCUGGUGUGGUAAUAAUUGGCAGCAGCAUGAAAAGAAAAUGCAAGUUUACCUACAUGACCUUCAGAUUUGGGUUUUGUUAUUGAAAUGCAUAGUAAAAACAGCUGAAAUAUUUUCAUUUGGAAAACAAAAUUAAUUCACAAAGUUAGUUUGCAAUUAACUUUCCAUCUCUAUUAGGUGUGUGACCCCUUGUUGUGUGAGCAUGAUAGUGCAAAUGGGUGUUAGUUGGUUAAUAGAACUAACUGUACAUUCAAUUUUAUUCUUCAUUAUGAAUAGGCCUAAUAUCUAUUCUCUUUGAAAGAAAUGAAAAGCAAAUUCAAAUGGCAACCUUUUUUAAACAAAUUUAAUGAUGGAUCCAGGCUUUCUAAUCAUAUUUGAAUAACUAUGUGGAAGUUGUGUGUCAUGUGUUAUCUGUUUGCCUUUUAUUGGAAAGUUAAGGACCCAAACAGGUUGUCUCUCCUUCCUGAAAAAGCUGUGUACCCUUGGUCCAUUAAAAUGCUUAUCUGGCAAAUCAUGACAAAGAACACUGCAUCAGAGUGGGAGGGGAGCAAUUAGUGUUAUAGAUGUAAAUUGUAAAAGAGGUAGCAUGAGACAAAUAGAGAGGCUGUAAACAUUGUGUAUAUUAAGUUGUUGUGAUGUGGUUAAGCCACCUGAUUUUCAACUAGUCAUCAGUAUCCAGUCCAAAUUCCUGAUACUUAGCUCGUGUUGUUGUCCCAUCUAUUUCAGCUGUGAAUAAAUGAGAACAAAAAAAACCACUGGUAAUGACCUCUUCAAUGUCUAUAUGGUUAUCUGAAUGGGUCAAACAUGUAACUGUUAGCAUCAGGAAGUACAAAUUAAGAUAAAAGUUUAUAGUUUUCUUAACUUAAAGAGAGAACUUUGCAGACUUGAUAUUACUUACUCCAUCAAACAAUUUGUAACUGAGGAGUAGUGCCAAUUAAAGCACUUGAGUACCUGUGCUCAUGAUCCAGUAUGUGAAGAAA